AAAUUUGGAUGAUAGGAGGAUGGAAAGUGAAGGGGAGGGAUUGGGGAAAAGAGAGAAUCAGUGGACAGAAGUACUUUCCUGGGAGCCCAGGGCUUUCCUCUAUCAUAAUUUCUUGUCCAAGGAAGAAUGUGUACAUAUGAUAAAUCUUGGCAAACCUCACAUGACAUUAUCGACAGUCAUUGAUGACGAUACCGGAGAGAGUAUGAACAGCAGUAUUCGAACGAGUACUGGAAUGUUUUUGGAAUUAGGACGAGAUAGAGUCAUCAGAGAUAUUGAGAAAAGAAUAGCCGACUACACACAAAUGCCUGUUGAACACGGAGAGAACCUUCAAAUUCUACACUAUGAAGUAGGGCAAAAGUACGAGGCUCAUUGCGACUACUUUGAGGAUGAAUUCAACCUUAAAAAUGGGGGCCAACGCUUAGCUACUGUUCUUAUGUACUUAUCGAAUGUUGAGGAAGGGGGUGAGACAGUGUUUCCUCUUGCCAAAGGUAACUUCAGCUCGACUCCCGGUUGGGAUAAGAUGUCGGAAUGUGCUAAAGCUGGUCUUCCCGUAAAACCGAGAAUGGGAGAUGCAUUGCUUUUCUGGAGUCUAAAACCGGAUGGCAGGGAGGACCCGAUGAGCUUGCACGAGGCUUGCCCUGUUAUCCGAGGAAAUAAAUGGUCGUCUACAAAGUGGUUGCAUGUUGGUUUAUACAAUAGUCCUUAA